CCAGGCUCCUAUUCCCACCCUUUACUGUUGUCAUUGCAGUUUUCCCUAAGUCUGUUUUUGUGUUUCAUGUUGGACAAGGGAAAAAGACCAUAGAAGAGGAAGAGUGGUCAGUGAGGGAGGGAGGCGGGCACGUGUAGAUCAGGGCGUGUGCUGGCUUACUUACUUUGCUUGGAUUUGUUAUGGAGUGUUCUUGACUUCAGCUGACAGUUUUCAGCUGUGGUGGUGCAGAGAUUUGAAUGUCCACGACUAUGGCCAAGAGGGAGGCGGGGAGCACCAGUCCAGUAGUGCGGCAGAUCGACAAACAGUUCUUGGUCUGCAGCAUCUGUCUGGACCACUACAGAAACCCCAAAGUCCUGCCCUGUCUGCACACCUUCUGCGAGAGUUGCCUCCAGAACUACAUUCCCCCUGAGUCCCUGACACUUUCCUGUCCAGUUUGUCGUCAGACGUCCAUUCUGCCAGAGAAAGGCGUUGGAGCGCUGCAGAACAAUUUCUUCAUCACUAAUCUCAUGGAGGUUUUACAGCGGGAGCCCGAAUGCUCCAGACCAGAGGCUUGCAGUGUGUUAGAGUCUGUAAGUGCCGCUGUGGCCGGAAAACCUCUCUGCUGCCCCAACCAUGACGGAAAGGUGAUGGAGUUUUACUGCGAGUCCUGUGAGACGGCCAUGUGUCUGGAGUGUACAGAGGGGGAGCACAGAGAACAUGUGACCGUUCCACUGCGAGACGUCGUGGAGCAGCACAAAGCAGCUCUAAAGACACAACUGGACGCCAUCCACAGCAGGCUUCCUCAGCUGACUGCGGCCAUAGACCUGGUGUCUGAGAUUUCGCGGCAGCUCAAUGAGAGGAAGAGUGAGGCUGUGACAGAGAUCUCCAACACCUUUGAGGAACUGGAGAGGGCGCUGCAUCAACGCAAGAGUGCCCUCAUUACUGACCUGGAGAACAUCUGCAGUGCCAAGCAGAAGGUUUUGCAGGCCCAGCUGUCGGCUCUGUUACAAGGGAAGGAGCACAUCCAAAGCAGCUGCAGUUUCACUGAGCAGGCCCUCAGCCAUGGCAGCGCUACUGAGGUGUUAUUAGUGCAGAAACAGAUGAGUGAGAGAGUGGUAGCUUUGGCACGGCACGACUUUCCUGAGAGACCUCACCAAAAUGCACAUCUGGACUGCCAGGUGGAGACAGAGGGUUUGAGGAGGUCCAUUCAGAACCUGGGGGUCCUGAUCACCACAGCCGCUGUCGCACACACGUCUGUGGCUACAGGAGAGGGGCUCCGGCAUGCAGCCACUGGACAACAUCAGACCAUCACUGUGACCACUAAAGACAAAGACGGGGAAUUGGUGCGGACAGGAAAUGCUGUUUUAAAAGCAGAGAUCAGCUCUGCAGACGGGACCCGAGCAUCCGAGGCCGAGAUCACCGACAAUAAGAACGGCACGUACGAGGUUGGCUACACGCUGAAACACGAGGGCGAAUACGUCUUCUCCCUGUCACUGUACGGACAGCCCAUUCGGGGCAGUCCCUUCAGGCUACGGGCCGUCAAACCCUCCGACGUGCCGCAGUCUCCGGACGAUGUGAAGAGGAGGGUGAAGUCUCCGAGCGGGACAAGCGGGCACAUACGACAGAAGGCAGUGAGGAGGCCAUCCAGUAUGUACAGCACCACCAAGAAGAAGGAGAACCCCAUAGAGGACGAGCUGAUCUACAGAGUGGGUUCCCGGGGCAGAGAAAAAGGCGAGUUCACCAAUUUACAGGGAAUUUCUGCCUCCAGUAACGGACGAGUGGUGGUUGCCGAUAGCAACAACCAAUGUAUUCAGAUAUUCUCCAAUGACGGACAGUUUAAAAUGCGUUUCGGGGUCAGAGGGCGUUCCCCAGGCCAGCUGCAGAGACCCACGGGUGUGACGGUGGAUUCAAACGGGGAUAUUGUGGUAGCAGAUUAUGACAAUCGGUGGGUUAGCAUCUUCUCCUCUGAUGGAAAGUUUAAGAAUAAAAUUGGAGCAGGGAGACUGAUGGGACCGAAGGGUGUGGCUGUGGACAAGAACGGACACAUCAUCACUGUGGACAACAAGGCGUGCUGCGUCUUCAUCUUUCAGUCCAACGGGAAACUGGUCACCAAGUUUGGAGGCAGAGGGACAUCUGACAGACAGUUUGCAGAAAAACUUGCUCCAAACAUUAAUAAAACUGGCUCAAAUUUCAGUCCACACUUUGUUGCUGUGAACAACAAGAAUGAGAUUGUUGUGACAGAUUUUCACAACCAUUCUGUAAAGGUGUACAAUGCGGAUGGGGAGUUCCUAUUUAAGUUUGGUUCUCAUGGUGAAGGUAAUGGACAGUUCAACGCUCCCACCGGAGUCGCUGUCGAUGCUAAUGGGAAUAUUAUUGUAGCCGACUGGGGCAACAGCAGAAUACAGGUGUUUGACAGUACGGGCUCGUUCCUGUCUUAUAUCAACACUUCAGCGGACCCUCUAUACGGACCCCAGGGGCUGGCUCUCACCUCGGACGGACACGUGGCUGUGGCUGACUCCGGGAACCACUGCUUCAAAGUUUACCGAUACCUGCAGUAGAGACACAAGGACAAACAGCUAACACUGGAGAGGUUUAAAAACACAGACAGCUCGAGGAAAAUAAAAGACCACUGCAGUUUCUCUUCAAAUCAUCUUGUUUCUGUUAUUCCACCAAAUAUAAAUUAUAAUCUUAAUUUGUUCAGGUUCAAAGGUUAAUUUAUUUUAUGUGUACAUUCUAAGAUUUCUCGCCACAAAAAUAAACAGUGAGAAUUCCAGUCAUUGCGCAGUGUUCACUUUGUUUUCCAGAGCUGUAUGUGCAACUGCAAAGUAUGGUUCAAAAUAUGGUCACAUAUUUAUUACAAUAACUCAGCUCUUACUUAAAAAUUUAUCUAGAAAACAAGAAAAAACAAACAGCGUAUGGAAAAUUUGCUUUAUAUUUAAAAUCCUGUUACCCCAAAUAGGCAUAUCUUGAAUAAAAUGGCCGCACUGAGAUAGCAAGAGUCGCAUGUCAGUGAGCUCAAAGUAUCCGCCCAAUGUCACUGCCUUACAACACAACACAUGCAGAUUAGUGUGUGUACCAUAGAUUUGAACAUUUAUUUUGUUAUUUUUUGCAUCUUGUCAUUGCACAUAAACGUUUAAUUUUGAAAUGUGCUGACCUGUAUUUAUGCAUGUUGUUUUGGUUAUAUCCAAAGAUAAGCAUCAAAAGCACAAUUACUGACACCAUUAUACUGUAUAUUAUUCAAAAAGGUUACUACAUCUUUGAGCAUCAUCCACUUUUCAUCCGUUUUUCUUCCGAUAACCAUAUUUUUUCUUACUCCAGUAGUUCUUGCACUUUGUAUUCAUUUGACAUAGUUGUACAUAUGCAUAUUCUGGCUGUAUAUAAUGAAUUAAUGUUACUCUAAUUCAGCAUUUCGACUAAAGGAGUGGAGUGUGUGCAGAAGGUCAUGCCACGUAGCCAAGUGAGUCGCUAGAACAAUGUUGUGUAUAUUAUCUGUUGUAUUUUAUUUUUAAAAUUAUUUAUUUAUGAUCUCUUUUCUACAUAAGUUGUUCUGCAAAUUAUUUUUUCUAAUUUGUGUGUUUGAGCUACUUCCUCUUUGCCAAAACAUUGUUUGUACAUGCAUCAUCUUGUAGCAUUAUUUUCACUGAGCCCACACCCUCUAACAAUAGUUUCUUUUGCCAAAUUGUACUGUUGUAAGUUGUUGUUAACAUUGCACAAAAUACUAUAAGAAGUAUAUAGUUUGCCAAGAGUAAUAUAUGCCUAUGUAUAGUUAUCAUUUAUGAGACAGUGUAUUCUAAUCUACAAUCGUCAUCUUGUUGUAGCGACAAGCACAUUUACAUAGUUUUUGGUAUUUGUAUUUGUGGCUCAUAACACCAGCUUUAGGGACAGGGUAUAUUCAUAUACUUAUCACUAACUGUGUUUCUAAUAACCCAUCUGUUCAAAUGCCUUUUAAUAUUGUCAGAAGUCUUGUUUACAGCUCACAUUGUGUUGUAAUCAUCUUUCUCACCUGAUUCUGUCUUUUCCAUACCUUUAAUCUCAAAGAAAGCACAUGUAAAAGAUACCAGCCAUGAAACUGUUGUGAAGCCUACAGUGUGUAAUUCAAAAGGCGAGUCAUACAAAUACUAUCCUACACCUAUGUAACCAUGACAACAGUAUGAUUGUAAAUAAAGAAUGACACAGGAUGA